UCAAAUUUGAUGUGAAUAUAUCUCCCUUCCUUUCAUGAAUUUUAUUUUCUAGCUCUAUAAACAACCUUCUGAUCAUUUCCAACACCAAUAAUUCUCAUCGGCCUCAUCACCUUCAUACUCUCUUUUCUCCUCACCCAAGUUCAUCAAUGGCAGCCAACAAUGAAGUUGAUUGGGAAGUCCCCGGAUAUUUCCGAGUAUACAAAGACGGUCACAUAGAGAGGCUCAUAGCCUCUGACUUCAUUCAGGCGACUUAUGAUCCUCUCAAUGAAGUUUCUUCCAAACAUAUAACCAUUGAUUCAAGAACCGGUGUUUCAGCUCGUCUUUACCUACCAAAACAAGUUGAAAACCAGCCAGAAAAGAAGUUCCCAGUUCUUGUUUAUUAUCAUGGUGGUGGCUUCUGUUCAGGAAGUGCUUUCUCUCCACAGUAUCACAACUAUCUGAACUCACUCUCAUCCAAAGGCAGCAUAAUCAUAGUCUCAGUGGAGUAUAGAUUAGCACCAGAGCAUCCUCUUCCAGCUGGUUAUGAAGAUUCAUGGCAGGCACUUCAAUGGGUGGUCUCAGAGUCUAAUGAUGAUGCAUGGUUGCAAAACCAUGCAGACUUUGGACGUGUGUUUGUGGGUGGAGAUAGUGCAGGAGGGAACAUAGCUCAUAACAUGGUGAUGAAGAUUAAUGGGUCCAGUGAAGGGAUGAAGCUGGUCAAAGGGAUGGUUUUGGUGCAUCCUUAUUUUUGGGGAGUUGAGAGGUUGGAGUGUGAGAUUAUUGGUGCAGAUAUAGUGGAUAAGUUAUGGCCAUUUGUGUGUCCUGGGACAAGUGGGAAUGAUGAUGUUAGGGUCAACCCUUUUGUGGAGGGUAGUGCUCCUUCACUUGUAGGGUUGGGUUGUGAGAAGGUUAUGGUUUGUGUGACUGGUAAGGACAUCUUGAGGGGAAGGGGUAGGCUUUAUUAUGAGAAGCUGAAAGCUAGUGGAUGGAAAGGAAAGGUUGAGCUUUUGGAGUCUGAUGGAGAAGACCAUGUUUUUCAUCUCUUUAAUCCUGGUUGUGAUAAAGCUUUGGAGAUGAUGAACCAUUUAGUUAAUUUCUUUAAUUAAUACUGCAUACAUGACUAUGUGGAAAGACAAGUUUUAUGUAUUUUGUCAAUAUUGCUUAUCAGAAUGAAUAAUUGAGGGGAUGCUCUGUCAGUGUCUAGGAUAGACUUUUCUGUAAGGGAAAAUGCUGAUGCAUAUUUUAAGUA